AUGAGUGAAACAACAGAAAAGGACGAGCCUUCUUCGAAUAAAAUAUUAGCCACGAAUUUUAGUCAUACUCUGAUGCCAACAACAUCAACGCCAGCUACACCACUAUCACCAUUAGUUACAAACCUACGGUAUAGACAAAAAUUCGAACUUUAUCACGAUGUAAUUGAAGAAAAACUACGUGAUACAUAUCCUGAGUUGCCACAAACGUACGAAUUAAAACCUACAAAUAUUGAAUGUUCAACUAUGAAAGGAUAUGAUCUUGAUUUUCCCAAUGAUUCAGUGGUAAUUCAACAUCAUUCAGUACCAUUUGUUUCUCUAGUCAACUCAUCCAUGACAAGAAGACUUGUGUAUCGAACAAAUAAAGAAUUUGAUAAAUAUGCUGAACUCCUACGAAAUAUUCUAAGUGUUCAAGAAUCACGUCGCAAUGCUAAAUAUUCAGUUGUUCGUGAAAUAAAUUGGACAAAACGGAGGCAAUCAUCAAUGAGUAUGACACCGAAAAAACAGAAUAGCGAAGCACCUAUUAAUAAAUCAUCCGUAAUGAAAAGCAAUACGAAUGGCAUUACAGAAACAAGUGACCACCAACCAUGUUAUUCAGUAAACAAAACCUCACGUUCAAUAGCUGGAGUAACAUUAGAGGAGGUAUUAUUAUCAAAUGUUCGAGGAAGUUCAAAUAAAUCUCGCAAACGCAUAUCACGUUCACCAUCUCCAACUCAAAAAAUUCAUCAACGUUUGGCAUCUAUAUCAAAAAAUAACAUAUUAGCAAAUAAUAAAUAUAAAAAGAAGUCUACGUCGUCAUCAUUGUAUCAACGUACUCGAAAUAAUGAAGAAUUAGUACGAAGUUCAUCUUGCAUUGAUCCGUCAUCAUUUAAGUCAAAUUUUAUGCAUCGAGAACGUCGAAGUUUUCAUCAUGAACAAUUUAUUACAUAUCUAACACGGAUUCGAACGAUUUCAAAACAAAUUCGAUCUCGAGAUUGUAACAAUUUUACUGAUCCUCAGUAUUAUCAUUUAUGGAAUGAACUUGAAAAUUGUCUUUCAUCUGCUCUUUUACAUGUCAAUGAUGAUAUUCAAUUUCAAUCAUCAUCAGUACCAGUACAAAGAGAAAUGAUCGAACUUAGAAAACAAUUAGAAAUAACAAAUCUUCAUUUACAUGAAUAUAACUCAAUACGUCGCAAUGAUGAACCAUAUGUUCAUUUACAAAAGAAAUUCGAUACAAAUCAAAUUCAAUAUACACAAUCAUUGUUACAUAAUAAGGAAUUAAAAACAAAAUGUCAAUUAUUACAAGAUAAAAUUGAUCAUUUAGAAAGAAAUAAUAUUCGUCUUAUACAACGGCUAACUCAACAGGAUCUUCGUUCACUAGCUAAAUGUACAGUACAAAUUUCAAAAGAUAAUGAAUUAUUUUUACACGAAGAAAUUAUGUUUUUAAAAGAAAAACUAUAUCAUAUUUAUGAUGAUCUUGUAACAUUAUCUAAUCGAAAUCAUACACUUGAAAACUCAAUUAAAGAACAAAAUCAACAAUUAUUAUUAUAUGAGCACCAAAUCAAUAACUUAAAGCAAUCAGCUAAAAAUCUGUUGCAUGAUCUUAAUAAUCAUUCCAUUGAAGACCAGGUUCAACCAUUUUUAAACAAUAUUCAAAUUGAUCAAAAAUAUGAUGGAGUCAUAAAAAAUAGUUUUCAAGAAACUCAAAUAACUUCUACAAAAUCUGCUUCAUCAGUUUUUAAACCAGCUUCUAUUUUAUUUGAAAUACCUCCAACAGUAGCAAAUCGGUCGCCAUUUCAAUCAUCUACGUUUCAAUCAUAUUCAUUACCGAUUGGUUCAACAAAUAAUGCUCGAGAAACGUCUCUUUUUGUGAAUCCACCUAUUCUCAAUGAUUCAAAUGUUCUUUCCAAAUUUCAAUACAAUAAAAGUCCAAAUACGAAUACAGCAUGUUGUUCAUCAUCAACCAUUGAUGAUGCUGAUUCAAUAUUAGUAUCUUCAUUUUCAACGUUAUUAUCUUAUGAUCAACGAAAACGUAAUACUUUCUGUCAUAGUUUACCGUUAUUGCCUAUACCUACAAAUAUUGAUAUAACCAAGACGCCGAAACAAAUACACAGACAGCAUAUUUCUAAUGAUGAUAGUGACCCUGAUUUUGAUCAGAUAUCUGAUUUGACAUCAAAAAUGUUUAAUUCAGAAGAUGAAGCAGAUUUUCUUAUUGUUGUUAAGAGUACAUCGACAUCUUCAUCAACGAAUAUAUCUGCCGAUGCUGAAAAACUUGCGUACAUGUAA